AUGUGUUUGUAUGUGGUGUUUACUUCUGGUUUGACUGUGUUUUUUAUCUAUCUUAGGACGUUUAUUUACUCAUUCUUCAUGAGAGGCAGACCUUUCCCACUGCAGAUACUUCUCUUUGGCAUGCUAUUCUGUAUCUAUAAUGGUUUCCUUCAAGGGUACUACAUGAUUUACUGCGCUCAAUACCCAAAAGAUUGGUUCACUGACUUCAGAUUUACAUCAGGUGUUCUGUUGUUUUUGUUUGGCAUGGGAAUCAAUAUUCACAGUGACAUCCUGCUACGCCAGCUAAGGAAACCUGGAGACCAUACUUACAAGAUUCCACAAGGGGGACUGUUCACAUAUGUAUCUGGAGCUAAUUUCUUUGGUGAGAUAGUGGAAUGGUUUGGCUAUGCCAUAGCAACCUGGUCCAUACCAGCCUUUGCAUUUGCACUUUUUACACUGUGCUUCAUUGGGCCACGUGCUUAUCAUCAUCACAGGUACUAUCUCAGGAUGUUUACAGACUAUCCAAAAUCAAGGAAAGCCCUGAUUCCUUUCAUUUUUUAAAGUCUGCAAAUGAGGACUCCUUUGUUUUUUAGGGGGGGUUUACAUAGCCUAAUUGUAAACUGAGGUUUCACUGUAAAAAACUUGUGUAAAACAAUAUUGUUGAUUUAAAUGAUCAGUAAUGUAAUUCUGAACUAAUGUUCUUGUGUUUAACUACAGUAGGUACAACAGAUAACUUUACUUGGAGACACUGAGGUAGCUGAAUGUGCAAAGGGAGCCCUGCCAAACAAUGGGCAUGAUUGUCAAGGGAGUUACACCAAUGUAACCCUAUUUAUGUCAUUGGAGUUACAUUGGUUUAACACUAAUGUAUCAGAGUAGAAAAUCAGGUACAAUAUCUGUGUUACCUCUUUAAACAAUAACUUUUCUAUGGCUAGACUACUACUAUUUCACCAUCAGGGAUCAUUAUGUUGUUCGUUAAAGCAUUCACACCUACCUCAGGAUUUUUGUCUUGCAAACCCAAAUUCUUUUCAGACAUGUAAAAGCUGUCCACCCUCUAUUGCCAUUCUUACAAAGACCAGAGGUGCUGAAAGUAGGACAAAAAUAAAAACCACAUAAGACAUCUUCUAGUGAUUGAAGAUGUUCUCUGAUGCCAGUACUUAAUUUUGUCUGAGCAGAACAUUGUCAGAUAUUCUCCAUCUUCUGAACUGACACAGGAAUAUUGUUGAAUUUCCACAGAAGCUCAGCGUGUCUCCUGCUAACAGGGCCAGCUCCAGGCACCAGCCCAACAAGC